CGUUAUGCUGUUUUCUACACAUACACAAGGAUGACAGAAUGUGAAGACGUAAUGGAGUGCUCCCGAGCGUCCUUACGAUGAAAACCACUUCAGUAUUCGACAGUAUUCGCGGACGGGAGUUGCAAUGAAGGCGGGGGCCUCCUCCAUGUGGGCGUCAUGUUGUGGGCUGCUGAACGAGGUGAUGGGUACAGGGGCGGUCCGCACUCAGCAGCCAGGCUUUGGAGCCGGAGCCGGGCCUUUCCGCUUUGCCCCCAGCGCCGGUUACUCCACCUACCCACCCAGCAGCACCACCUCAGGAAGCGCAGGCCUGGCGUGUAAAGCUUGCGGACUGGCCUUCUCCGUGUUCAGACGAAAGCAUGUUUGCUCAGACUGCAAGAAGAGCUUCUGCUCGCUGUGCUCUGUGCUGCAGGAGAACCUGCGGCGCUGCUCCACCUGCCACCUGCUGUGGGGCACGGCCUUCCAGCGGCCCAGGUUAAUGCGGCUCCGCGUUAAAGACCUGCGGCAGUACCUCACGCUGCGGAACAUCAACACGGACACCUGCAGGGAGAAAGAGGACCUGGUGGACCUGGUGCUCUGCCAUCUGAGAGCCGAGCUGGAGAUGGGGGAGGAUGAGGAGGAGGAAGAGGAGGAGGCUGAAGCGGAUACAGACAGUCUGGCCUCACUUCCGCGCUCUCUCUCCACGCCGCCCGCCUCCGCGGCACGAUCCUCCUCCCAGCAGUCGGCGCUGUCUGUAGCCGUGUCUCAGGGAGAGGCUCUCAGUCACAGCAUUAGCUCAGGGACAAACAAUCAGGAACAUGUAGAUGCUGCAUCAGUUUCCCUCCUCAACCUGGAGCCUCAUGACGACAUACUGGAGGCCAGCCCAGCGACGCAGAGAUGUGCACGUGCCUCCCUCUCGGACCUGUCCCACGAGAAUGACAUCGAGAGCUUGACAGUGCGGCAGCUGAAGGAGAUUCUCGCCCGCAACUUCGUCAACUACUCAGGCUGCUGUGAGAAAUGGGAGCUGGUGGAGCGCGUCCAUCGUCUCUACAGGGAGAAUCAACUCAACAGAAGAUCGAUGGAAAAUGUCAGCAACAGCCUAGCUGCAGUCAUAGCUUACCCUCCUCCUAUAUGUAAUGGAGGUAUUGGAGAUGGUGUGCAAGUAGCUCAGCUGGGCGGAGUUGAUGAGAGCCUGUGCCGCAUCUGCAUGGAUGCCGUGAUAGACUGUGUUCUGCUGGAGUGUGGUCACAUGGUCACCUGCACCAAGUGCGGCAAGAGGAUGAGCGAGUGCCCCAUCUGCAGGCAGUACGUGGUGCGGGCGGUGCACGUCUUCAAGUCUUAACAGGCGAGCAUCACCUCUGCUGGAAGAUGUUUCCUGCUUGACCGAGCAGGCUGGGGCCACGACUGGACCAAUGAACUGCCUCUUUAGAUUCAAAGUGGAGGAAUCCAGUACUCCACACACCUUCUUUACAGAGCGAGCAUUUCCUGCUGCCCAUUUUUAUUUGGUCAUUCAUUGACAGGUUUGAAAUAAUUUCUGCGUUUACUAACCCAGGGAAGAAAGGGAUUUUAGAGGAAUAACGUAUACAAAAUAUGAAAGUUUAAGUGGUUUACAGUACAUUGCUGUAAACUUUUUGGAAAUGUCUUAUUGUAUGUGCAAUAUUUGAAACCUUUACAUGUGCGUGUAGAGAAACCGAUUGCCAUUAAGAUGCAUGUUGUUGUGGCAACAGUGAAAACCAGAAGGGGGAAGGUACUGUAGCUGCCAAAGUAGAAAAGUGCAGAACGGCUUUUGGAUUCUGUUUUUACAUGCUUUAUUAUUAAGCUGUAUAUGCGUGUUGUUUUCAUGUAUUAAAUCGGCUAUUGCCAUACCACAAAAUCAGCAUCACCGGAUCAAAUGACCAGCUAGCAGAAGUUAUUGAUAGCAAGUUGAUAGAAACUAUCGGAUUUUACUGGACUCACUGGAAUCCAGCAUCUGCCACAAUGUAGCUUAUUACUGGAUCAUCAGUUAUUUUUUUUAACCAAAUUUUGCAGAAUCUGCCGAACGUCAGGUGUGUGGUUGGUUUGUCUCCAUUGUUCUGUGUUUAUAUAAGAUAUUUAUAUAGUUUAGAUUAUAAUAGUUAUAAUAGUUUUAUAACUAUAUUAUAAUUAUAUAAUAGAAUUUAAUUAAAAGUGUCAGAUAAUAGGGUGAUUACCAAGGUAAAAGGAAGUUAGGCUGGUGAUGUGAUCUCAACAUUAAAGGAACGUUCACUUUUGUUUUUUUUUUUGGUUUUUGGUUUUUAGUCUCACACAUACAAUAUUAAAACAUGUCAAAAGCACUAUAGACGUUGUUAUAAAAAAAAAAACGUAGUUCACCUUUACACCUUGGUUGGUUUUAUUUGCAAAAUAUUCCACUUUCAUUGUUGGUCAAAAGAGUUUUUUUGAUUUCAAUGCUCUUCAUCUCCAGCAAUACCACGAAAGAUGUCUGUUUUUUGGUGUGUUGUGUUGAUUUCCACAAGCGGUGCUACAUGGAUUUACGUAUCACAGUUCUCUAUUACAUUUGUGAUUUUACUUGCGUUUCUUUCCCUUUUUGUGCGUAUUUACAUUUUCUACAUAACUAUAAGAUAAAGAGGAAGAGAAGAAAUUAUUGGAUUCCUCUAGAUGCCCUUUGUUGCUGUGAAUUAUGUAGUCAAAUUCAAGUUAUGAUGUCUGUGGUAUUGGCUAGACAAACAAAUAUAAAGGAAAAUUUAAUCAAUUAAAUGUAUAUGAUUUUAUAUACAUGUGAAAAAAAGAUAAGUAGGCUAUAUGGAUAUAUUUUCCCGUUGUCCAGUUUCUCUUGCAUUUUCUUUUAAAUGUUUCUUCAGCGUUCCAGUUUUUUCUUUGAAUGUAAACAACAUUGGUUUAGUUGUUUAUCUUUUUAAUCUGUCACAAAUAAUACUACAGUAGAAUUGGUUACAUUCUAGUUUCACAACCAUGUAUUUCUAUAAUCAGACUGUUGUUAAUUUGCUUUUAGAGCAUCUCCACACCCGUCUGCCCAACACUGACACUGUGCUUAUGUGUAUGUUUCUAAUGCUGCUAUCUCUAAAAGAUGUCACUUGGUAGUAGACAACUACUCUAGCUAAGCAGACAACGGACACGAUUACAGUCUAAACGACUUAAACUGAGCGCUGGAAGGCGUUUUGGGAUUUGGUCUUUGUAUUUUGGAAUGUUGAACUUUUUAUUUUGGUAAUUCAAAGAUGAUUUAUUACAUUUAAUAAAACAUGGUACCUUGAGCUAA